AUGAUUCAAACAACACGUGCUCCUGGCAAAGCCUUGCAUUUUAAAAGCGUUGUUCCGGGACGCGUCGGCUCCGGAGCCAGGGCCCGGGGUGCUAUGCGCCGACUCCUCGCAGCCCUGCUAGCCAACGCCCUCUCAGCACCCAGGCUGCGGCGAACAAUCCAGGUGACCACAGUAGCAGCUGCCGAAAGGCAGUCUGACUGGACCCGCAAUGGACCCACCCUCCUGGAAGAAUCCGCCUCGACGCACGGCGGGGAUGAUAACCUACAGCAGCUACGGCAGCUGGAGUCAGCUCUCUCCCAUCACAACGACUUGUACUACAACCAGCAGCGUACGGAAAUUAGCGACGCAGCGUACGACACUCUGAAGCUGCAGUACCGUCAGCUAGCGGCUCAGCUGCGAGGGGAGCUCCCCCUGGAGGAGUUGGAGCUCCCCGUGGGCGCCCCUCCGCCCGCCUCCGGUGGCCUCCGCAAGGUCCCCCACCGGGUUGCCAUGCUCAGUCUGGCAGCGGUCAACUCCAGGGAGGAAGCGGAGACGUGGCUGGACAAAACGCUGGCCAAGCUGCAGGCCGACGCUGGUGGCGGCGGCGGCAACGAUGCUGGCGGCGGCGGCGGUGCUGGCAUGGUUCGCGGUGGUGGCGGCGGUGGCGGCGGUGGCGGCCAGAAGGGCGUCCAGAAGAAGAAAGCGACAAAGAAGAGCAAGACGGGUGCGGACGUCCCUGCCUCGUCGGUCGGUCGGUCGUACCGUUGGGUGAUGGAACCCAAAGUGGACGGCCUUGCUGUACGGGUGCUGUAUGGUCGUACGGCACAUGGGACAUACAUACUUAAGGAGGCGGCCACGCGGGGGGACGGCUGGCUCGGUCGGGGUUCGCACAUCGCUGCAUCAAUUUCUCCAUCGCCGGCUGGCGCUGCCAAUCAUGAUGGGGACGGCAACGAGUGGGAAAACGGCUCGGCUGCUUCCGCUCCAGCUGCUGACUGCGGGGCGCCGGAGUGGGUGGAAGCGCGGGGCGAGGUGUUUUGCAGGACCGCGGAUCUAGAACUGGUCAAUAGGGAGCAGGAGGCCGUCGGGCAGCCACCCUUCGCCAACACGCGCAACGCCGCGUCUGGUGCCGUACGACUUCUCGACCCGGCGGAGUGCCGCCGCCGCCGCCUUAGCUUCGUGGCGUAUGCGGCGCUGGCUCCGUCACCCCCGCCGUCACCGUCACAGCAACGGCGGCCAGAGCCGGCGACGACGACACCGCCCCCCUCCUCCUCUUCGCCACCUCCUUACCCCUCGUCGCCCUCCAAUCGGUCCUCCGGAAACGCCGCUGCCGUACAGCCGCUCCACCCCAGUCAGUGGGACACACUGCAAUGGCUCAAGUCCGCAGGUUUCUCAGUCAGUCCUGACAACCGGUUGUGUGACUCCAGGGAGGAGGUGUUGGGGGCGGUGGAGGAGUGGAUGGAGAAGAGGGCGACACUGGGUUACGAUGCGGACGGUGCCGUGAUCAAGUUGGAUGAUACGACGCUGUACGACAUCCUGGGUACGGCAGGCUCCGAUCCUCGCUGGGCUGUGGCUUGGAAGUUCCCCGGGGAGGAGGCUGUAACCCGGGUUACGGGGGUGGAGCUCACCGUCGGGCGACAGGGCCAGAUUACCCCGGUAGCGCUGCUGAGCCCGGUGGUGGUGGGCGGUGUCACCAUUCGUCGCGCCAGCCUCCACAACCUGGGUUUGGCACGGGCUCUGGGACUGCACCUGCCCGGGGACGCCGUGGUGGUGCGGAGGAGUGGAGACGUCAUACCGCAGGUGGUCCGGGUGCUCCCCGAGUUGCGGCCCCCGGGUGCAGAGCUCUGGCAGCCCCCCUCCGCCUGCCCCGCAUGUGGAGGACCCCUAAAGGCCAUCACGGCGCCGGCGGCGACGACGGCGACGGCGAUGGCAGAGGGGCGGGGGGGAGAUGGGGAGGGCGGCAGUAGCGCUAGGGGCCCGGAGCCAGAAGGUGUUGGAAGUGGUGGUGGGGUUGGUCGUGGUGGGGGUUGGAAAGGCCGAGCCGGCAGGGGCCCGCGGGAGGCCCCCACAGCAACAACAAUAACGACGACGACGACGACGACGGCCAACAUGGGCGGCAGUGGGGGUGGGGGUGGGGGUGGCGAGCAGCUAGCGUGUGACAACCCCAACUGCGCGGCCAAAUCAGAACGAAGGAUGCUUCACUUCGCCCAGGUAUGUCUGUCCGGCAGUGGUGUAUCCCGCGGGGUGGUGGGCCAGCUGCUGGAGGUGGGGCUGCUGGACGGGGACAUAUCGGACUGGUACAAACUGGACGAGGCGAGUGUCGGGGAGUGCUCGGGGCUAGGGGUUGGGAGGUUGGGUGGCAGGGCCUCUCUGUCCGCCCUCCCCGGCUUCGGCCCCGCCCGCACCGCCGCGCUGAUGUCCUCCCUGGAGUCAUCUCGCCACAUGUCCCCCGGGACCCUCCUGAGGGGCCUCAACAUACCCCGGGUGGGGGAGGUGGCGGCGGAGGCACUGGGCCGGGCCUUCCCCUCCCUCGAGCUCCUGGCGGCAGAGGUGCCGUACGCGGACCGCAUCGCGGCAGCAGCAGGAGUGGCCCCCUCAGUCGCCCGCAAUGUGGCGAACUGGUUCCAGCAGCCCGCCAACCAGCGCCUCCUGGCAAGGCUGAGGGAGGCGGGGGUGCGGUGCAUCACCGGAAACACCAUCACCACUGCUGCAGCCGCCGCAGCCGUUAGCACCGCCAGCACCGCUGCGCCAGCACCGUCUCCGCCAUCUCGUACGGAGAUAGCGGGCACGGAGGCGACGGAGGAGCAGGAGGAGGGGCCUGAGAGGGCUCCGGGAGACGGGGGGAGGGGGGUUGCGGAGGAUGUGGCAGUUGGCCGCGGUGGUGGUGGUGGUGGCGGCGGCGGCGGCGGCGGCGGCAGUGGCGGCCGUUCUGCGGGUCCCCGUCUUGUGGGGUUGGAGGGGAUGCGGGUUUGCGUGACAGGCACGUUAAUGGGCCCAUAUGGCAAGGGACUGGUGCGCAACGAAAUGCGGCGCAUGUUGGAGGCGGCGGGUGCGGAGUUCCACUUAACAGUCAAAAAGGACACGCAGGUCCUGCUGGCCGGUACGGGGGCUGGGGAGCGCAAGACGCGUAAAGCGGCUGCCAGCGGCCUCCUGGUUGUCUGCCCUGCACCGGAGCGGGACCCCCAAGAAAUUUUGAGCCAUGGCUGGCGCAAGGUCGGCGAGCAGAAGCGGGUCACAAAUCGACUUGCUAAUGGCAAUCCAGAUCGCGGCAUGGGAAUUAGCUCCCGCAUGCCGUCAUUCUUUGAGCCCUCCGACCGCCGCAAGCAACAAAACGGCCGCCAGGUGCUCGACAAGAUGUUUGGGCACAUGAGGCCUCACCACAUCAUCACCGCCACGGCGGUACUACGUAACGAAGAUGAGGAGCUGGAAAACGGACUUGGCACCCAAGCUGCCAGGGCUGCGUUCUUCCGUCCUGCCAUCGCCCCCGUGUUGAACGAGCUCACCACGCCACCGAACCACCACCACCAGCACCACCAGCACCAACAGAACCACCAACAGAACCGCCAACAGCACCCACAGCACCACCACCGGUCACCGGUGGAGGCGCUGGGGCUGGGCGCGAACGCCACCACCACCACCGCCACCACCAACAACAAUAACGACAACACUUCCGCCGCCCACGCAAGCGCCCACGUGGGCUUUAGCUCAAGCGCCAACACCGCGAGCAGUACCGGCAGCGCGGUGGCAGGUGCAGCUGCAACUGCAGGUGGUUGGACGGACGGCGGCGCGGCAUCACCGGCUGCUCCCGCAUCGCCGCACCCAAUGCACGCCGCGGCCCCAGCCGGCCCGCACCUUCAGUCGCUGGCGGCUCUGCCCGCCGGGUCCAAGACACCUCUCGGGCAAGGCGACGGCUCGGACUCCAGCAGCGGCGGCAGCGCGGAUGUGGACGCGGCUGGUGGCUGUGGUGGCGGCGGCGAGGGUGACGAUAGCAGCCGGACGUUGGGGUCGCUGGGACUGCAUGGAGGCAGUAGCCCCAACUCGGCGUCCUUCUCACGGCGGCUCGGAGGCGCCGCAGCGACUCAGUUCAUGCGGCAGGAGAGCACCUUGCGCCGGGUUUGCAGUGGGCUUGGACUUUGCAGCCCCACCGUGUCAGGCGGCUCCGUUACCGGCGGCAGUGGCGCUGCGGUUAGCGUCCGCAGCGGCGGCAGUAGCACGAACAUUUCCUUAGCCAGCGGCCUCAUGCUGAGUCCGCGUACCGGCAUCGGAGUCGGGGAUGUCCGGCGCGGCGCGCUGCCUGCCGUCUUUCGGUCGUACCCCAGCGACAGCGGCGCUGCUGCAGCAGUUGCGGCGUCACCGGGAUCGUGCAGUGAAUCGCCGCGUCUACCCGCGGCGUUGGGUGCGAUUGCCGCCGUCGCUGCCGCCGCCGCCGCCGCUGACAGCAGCAAUGCGUCGCCCCGCCGCCAGCGCCGCGCAAGUAUCAGCGGGGAUACAGCCCUCCCGGCCAUAGGGACCGGAGGCGGAUUCGGGGCAGCAGGGGCCGGCGGCGGUGGUGGCAAGGCGCACGUGGUACGAGGCCGCCGAGCUUCCCUCACGGGCGGCCAACUCCCCGGCGGAAUGGCUGCCGCCAUCAUGCACCUCCACCCUCGCCGUACCUCCUUGACGGGCGCCGUCGGGGGAGGCAGCGGUGCCGGUGCCGUACAUGUGGCCGUACGGGCCAGUCACAACGGCGCGUACCAUGGUGGCGGCGGCGGCGGUUAUGGCUCGCCGUUAAGACUGGCAGGUCGUGGUGGUGGCGGCGGCGGCAGGGGUGACAUGCAUGAGAGCCCCAACAGCCCGGUACCCGCAGCUCUAACGGCCCCGGGGCCUCGUGUUGCUUCCCAUCUGUCAGGCGGGGACGGCCAUUCGGGCUCGAUGGUACACGGGCAUCUGGCCGGCAGCUUCCGGAUUGGCGGCAGCGGAGGCAGUGGCGGUGUGACUGCUGACGUGGCGGCAGCGCCUGCUGCACCAGGGGCGGAUGCAUUGAGUGGCGUGAUACCGCCGGCUGCUGCCGUCCACCCUGCCUUACCGCUCAGCGGUCUGGAGGACCUGGCGGGGACGGGGCUGGCGGACGCCAUCUCAGAGCUCCGGAAGAUCCGUAUGGGGGGAGUGGUGGUGGCGCCUCGGGAGAGGAAGGUCGAGCCAGGUCUGGCAGGUGUGUCCCCUCUGCAGCUGCUGGCGGUGCCCCUGCCCCCCCUGGACAACUGGCAGUCGGGCGGCCGGCAGAUCGCGGACCUGGACCCGUGCAAGGGCAUCCGUUUGGUGGAUACUGCCAACUGCGUGCUGCCCAGACCCACCGCGGAGGCCAAUCUGCAGGUCCGUAUGGCUCAGCACCAGGCCGCCAUGCGGCACCUGGUGAAGGCGGAGGGGGCGCCCAUGAGCGAGAUCGAGAUGGAUGCUGCCAAGCUGCUGGGCCGACUGGAGCGCAGCGGGGCACGGCACCGCAACCUGGAGUCCAUGAACAGCGAAAAGGAGCCCCUGGGACCACCACGAGGAGAGGACGUUGCGGGGUCAUGA